CCGAGUCGUGACGACCACUUCAGCGUUGUGCUCGCCCUGUCUACCGCAAGAUGAGCACCGUGUACCACAAGCCCGACACGGCUGAUCAGCCGUACCGCGACCCGACACCUCUCCCCACCGACUUGCCUAAAGUCGCCGAACUCGGAACGACCAGCGCACCGCUUAAGAGCGCCGCGUUCUUCAUCGGGGCGUACUGCAAAGACUACAACGAUGACUUUAUGCUCUGCAAGGCAGAGAACCGCGACCCGGCACACUGCCUGAAGGAGGGUCGCCGCGUCACAAGAUGCGCACAGGACUUAAUUUCGAAGAUGCGCGAGAACUGCCUAGAGCAGUUCAAGGCGCAUUGGAACUGCUUGGAGCACAAUAAUCAGGAGUACCACUACUGUCGGAAACCUGAGCGCACCCUCAACAAGUGCAUGUUCGAGAAGCUUGGUCUGGUGAAGACUAUCCCUGGAAUUCCAGAGGGCAAGACACCUAUCCAUGAUGUCAAGGACCCAAUAUACGGUCAUGUGCAAAAGUAGACGAUAUAAUACAUUUAUUCUCCAUGCCCUGAAGUACGCAUUUACGGAGCCCAUUUAGUCAUACCAUCUGUCUGUGGUUUGCUAUCAUACCGCUCAAUCGUGUUUGAUGCUGAAGGUCC